AGCUGACGGGUAAUCAGCCAAUCAGAAGUUGUUCGCUGUUGUAAAUACAGGGGUUGAUUUGAGCGCACGUUGAAAGGACGCAGGAGCAACACAGGCGAGAACCCGAGAGGAGACAUGGCGGUGGACAAAAGAGUCCGCGGCACGAAGGGUGCUGCCACAACAAGCAGCAGCAACAGUAGCAGACAGGAGGGCCCUGGAGGACUGUGGGACUCUGUGAAGAAAGCUGCGUUUGUCAUCGGAUCUGGAAUCUUAUUCUUGGCUGCAUUUGGCAACUCGCUGACAUGGCACCUGCAGAGAUUCUGGGGAGCUUCAGGAGAUUUCUGGCAGAACUUGUGGACCAAGCUGUACUUGAAUUUUGAGGGUCAUGAAGCUUCUUUGUUCUACUUCGGGACAAUGUUUUUCCCGACUCUGUCGUUCUGGGCGACGAAUGCUCUGCUGCUGUUGGUGGACACUACUGGUAAACCCUCCUUCAUCACUCGCUACCGCAUCCAGGUGGACAGGAAUAACCCGGUGGAUCCAGCUAAGGUUCGCCAUGCAGUGAAAUAUGUCAUCUUCAACCAAGUGUUCAUCUCUGGGCCCAUGGUGGUGGUAGCUUACCAACUGAUGAGCUUGAGAGGGAACCCCUGCGGCCCCGAGCUGCCCACCUUCCAUUGGGCCCUGAUGGAGCUCGCUUUCUUUGCCCUUGUGGAGGAAGUGAUGUUUUACUAUUCACACAGGCUGUUCCAUCAUCCCAGCCUCUACAAGCAUUUCCACAAACAGCACCAUGAAUGGACCGCUCCCAUCGGGGUCGUCUCCAUCUACGCUCAUCCCCUGGAGCAUAUGCUCUCCAACAUGCUGCCGGUGGCAGUCGGACCGGUGCUCCUGGGCUCCCACCUGACCACCACCACCCUCUGGUACUGCCUGGCUCUGGUCAGCACCACCAUCUCCCACUGCGGAUACCACCUCCCCUUCCUGCCGUCUCCCGAGUUCCACGACUUCCACCACCUCAAGUUCAACCAGUGUUUCGGGGUCUUCGGUGUGUUGGAUCGGCUCCACGGCACCGACACCAAAUUCAGGCAGACCAAGCAGUACGAGCGCCACACCCUGCUCACCAGCCUCACCCCUCUGAACGAGAGCAUCCCCGACGAGCCCAAGAAAGGCCAUUGAUGAACGCCUGAGCCCUGACCUUCAAUCUCAGGCCCUGGCCCUCGCCAAGUUUGGGAUCAGUUCCCAAUCAAUCUUAAAUGGCUUUCAGAUUUUGAUUAUUCUAGAAGAAAACCUGUUGAUCAGUUUCAGACAGUGAACAUCUUUUAUUUUUCCAAUUAGAAAUGUUGUUGCACUUUAUCCGACAUGCACAUUUCAUUAAGUUUGGCCUCCAUGUUCACUGUCGCCGUGGAGACGCCUGUCACUGUGAUUAUUUUUAACCUGUUUUUUUCCAUGAUAUCAACUUCCUGUGAACUAGGAAGGCUGUUAUUGUAGUUAAUAAUGUGGUUCAUGGAUGGUAAUGUACGGAGCAGUCAGUAGUUCGGGGUUAUUGUCUGGUAAUAUCUUAGGAAAGUUUAUGCCAGGUGCUUGAUUUUAAAAUAUAAAUACUGACUGUAAGUCAGACUUAUGGGAUGGGAUCAUCUUACACAACUAGCUUGUGUAUCGGACAUAUUCCUGCUGAGGUAGAUUUAAGAAUAUAGUGAUUGAUGAGGGUGAAAAUAAAUAAUUUCUAACCAUGAUGAGACUUUACUGCACCUCGCCAUGACUUCCCUUCUCAGGUGAAAGGAGACAUAUUUAACCGUCUGCUGUUGUCUUUCCUCAGCUUUACAAAUACGAGGGUCCAAACUUGUGUUUCAGGGCUGUUUUCACACAUAUUAAAACCCACCACAGUUCUUAUACUCAGUGUGAAGCACAUAGUUAAAAUGGAUGUGAGAGAAGUAAAUUCAUGCUGCGUUCACAGCUCCCAACAGUCCUGAAUAACAGAAGAGAGGUAGAGCAAGUAAUUUCAAUAUGAACAGAUUCUGGUUUGGAUGUAAAUUCAACUUCAUGGUGGUGAUGUUGAUCAUCCCCCAGAUUCCUCACACUUGAAAAUGAUUGUAUUUGGAUCUCUGGGCCUCUAAAAGGACACUUUUCUUUACUGAAUCUCGGCUUUAAUGUUAGUAGAUUCAGUUUAAUCUAGAGCUAUUGUUGUAAUUCUUAUAAACACAUUUUAUAUUUCAAGUCAUGUUUAAUAAGAGCAACAGUCCAGACUCUUGUGCUGCGUUCACUUGCUGCUCAGACAGACGAUACAGUUGCACUUUUCAUUUCCAUGGCACUUAAAUCAUAUUCUUGAAUGUUAAAUGUGUCUGUAUUACAGGGAGGCCUCAGAAACGUUUGUACAAUAAAUUAAUGUUGAAAGAGAUUUCCUACUGUGAUUGAUACAAUGUUAAUGUUUCUACUGGACUGUAAUAUUAAAAACAUUUUAAGAAAA